AUUUCCAUCCUUUCCUAGUUAGUUGCCCAGUCCACAGUACUGAACUACUGGGUAGUCACUAGUAGUGGGUAGAUAGAAUCCCCAAUUUUCUGGGCAAAAAAUCCAGCAUUACAAACCCUAAAAACUACAGAUCCGGAAAGUAUUGAUCAUAUCUUUCUACCAACUCUUCAACUAACAAAAAUUUUAUUCAUCUUUGAUUGUUUAUCUUCAUCAAAUUCAACCAAAUUUGCACAAAAUCCCCAAAAAAUGCAGCAAAAUCAACCAUCAUCUCCAACUCCAAGAGACAACAAUUCCACCAUAUACUGCUUAGCAGCUUCCAUUUUCUUCUCUCUCCUUUUCCUCCUUUCUCUCUCUUCUACGAACUAUACAACAACACCCACUUCAUCUUCUCCUGAUACCCGUCUCUUUCCCAAUACUCCCCAUGUUCUUAACAACCCUAAUUCACCCCCUCUUCCUUUUGUUCCUUCCAUUGCUUACUUCAUUACUGGAUCUAUUGGCGAUGCUUCUAGAAUCUUCCGUUUGCUUCUUUCUGUUUACCAUCCUAAGAAUUUUUACUUGCUUCACAUUGACCGGUUUGCACCUCAAGCUGAUCGUGAUCGUUUGGCUAUUAGGGUUAACUCUAUGCCUGUUUUUAGAGCUGCCCGGAAUGUUCAUGUUAUUGGUAAAGCUGAUUUUGCUUACCCGAAAGGUUCUUCCCCUAUAUCUUCGUUGCUUAGGGGUGCGUCGAUUUUGCUUCGAUUGAAUUCUAAUUGGGAUUGGUUCAUCAAUUUGUCUGCUAAAGAUUAUCCUCUUGUCACUCAAGAUGAUUUGCUGCAUAUAUUGUCGUAUUUGCCCAAAGACCUAAAUUUUGUGAAUCAUACCAGCUACAUUGGGUGGAGAGAAUCUCGAAGGAUGAAACCUAUUAUUGUAGAUCCUGGACUUUACCUUGCAGAAAAGACUGGGAUGUUUUAUGCUACACAAAAGCGAGACUUUCCUAAUGCCUACCAGCUGUUCUCAGGAUCACCAACCUCUGUAUUGAAUCGGAAGUUUGUGGAGUUCUGUGUUCUGGGUUCAGAUAAUUUACCAAGAAUUCUUCUGAUGUACUUGGCAAAUACCCCAUCAUCGCUUUUGAGCUACAUACCAACCAUCGUGUGCAAUUCACCAGAGUUCAAAGAGAGUACUGUUAACCAUAAUUUACAGUAUGCAUCUUACUACACAACUUCAAAUGAGAAUCCCAGGUUCCUAAAUGGCUCAGACUUCCAAGAUAUUUUACACAGUGGGUCGGCAUUUGCCUCACAAUUUCGUUUAAAUGAUCCAAUACUAGAUCGUAUUGAUAAAGAAAUUCUGGGCAGGAGCCGUGGGAGUGUUGUGCCCGGUGGCUGGUGUGUUGGUGACACAAAUAAUACUUGUGCUGUAUGGGGUGAUGCGAACAUCCUGAGACCUGGUCCUGGUGCCGAGAGACUUGAAAGACGCAUGGUUGAGCUGCUUACAAAUGGCGCAUUCAGAACUCGACAGUGUCUGAUUGAAUAACUUAUGCACUUCUAAAUGUCUCUUAAAUGACACGCAAAGGGAACCAGAUAUAUUCAGCCUCCGACUUUGACUUGGAGCAUUCUUUCCACGAAUCAUUUUAAAGCGCUGAUGCUUGCAACAUUGUCAUAUCAUGAUUUCUUAAGUGAGGUGUCCAAGCGUCCUGGGGUUUGAUAGAAUUGCUGUAUUCAUCUAUAAUUUCAUCACAGCCUUAAUCUGAAUAGGACAGUUGGGUGUGUGGACGAAGUUGUAAUUCCUCCGAGUCACUGAUGUUAAUCAUUCUUGUCCAUUCCGCGUGCCAAUGUUCAUGGAGGUCUCAGGGAUGUAAUUGUUUGUAAUCUGGAGUCAAGCGGAAACUACUACAAGUGUAAGGUUAUAUACAAUUGACCACGCUUAGUUCCGCAUAGGCAGAGCCACUUGAUAUCUAGAUCAAAUGGCAUGUUGUAGAGAUACUGAUAAAUGAUUAUGUUGCAUAGGGUGGACAUCUCUUCUUUCGAUCGUAUUCUUGCGUCUACAUUGAGCUAAAAACAUUAUUAAAGUGUAUGUUGUUUUUGGAUAAAUAUAGUUAUUACAUGAUAUUAGAGUAUUA